AUGGAGAACGCCAGUGAAUCAGCUCGUAAGAGAACUGCGGAGUCGGCCUGUCUCGAUGAGCGCGACGAUCCGCAGAAGAGAUUCGGACUGCCCAGUAUGGUCAGCCAGCCUCUUACGUACGAGCAAUUACAAACUGAAUUAGCGGGACUUCGAGUCGAGCUCAAUCUCUCGAGAGAACAUGUAGCUACUGAGAACGAAAAGUUCAACCAGGCCAACAUAUCACGGGACGAAGUUCAGAAGAAGCACGAUCACCUAUCUUCCGAAUACCAAAAGCUGGAGAAGAACUUCGCUCUUGCCGAGGGUGCACGAAGCGAACUUGAGGAAAAUUGGCGCAAGUUGAACAAGCACGUUCGGGUUGAUCAAAUCAAGUAUAAGGAGCUCUUUGAUCAUUACACCAAGAAGAAGCAGGAAUGGAAGAGCGGUCAGGGCGAACAGGCCAAGUAUAGAGAGCUCUUGGACCAUUACACGAAGAAGAAACGUGAAUGGGAAGAGAAGCUCGCAAAGAAGAAUCGUGAAUUGACACUUUCCGCAGAGAGAAAGUCUAGGGAUGACAACGCUUCACUGUUGAUGAAGGUUAUGGCGCUGGAGAAGGACCUUGAGAACGAGAAGAAGAACAAUGCCCAGUAUACUGCCAUAGCUCACGGCAUGUCCGACCUAGAUGACCAACGACGAAAGAUCCGAGACGACGCCCACCAGCUCACUAGACGCGAGAUGACCCUCAGCGUACGCGAGAACAAGCUCAACGUUAUGAAAGGUCAAUUUGCAGUUGAUCUUAACAAGGCAAAGGAGUCUAUCAUUGCAAAGAAGAAGCAGGUCAAUGCAGAAAAGGAGGACGCCAUGAACGAAAUCCGUGUGUUGAAAUGGGAGAGAGACCAAGCCAGACGGGAAAGAGACGUGGCCAUCAAGAUGGCUCAGACCAACAUGGUCGUGGAAUCUAGUACUACAGACGAGGGCGCAGUCAACUCGCAACUGAACCUUCAAGUUGGAAUGGAGGGUUUGGAGCGAUUGAACAUUUGA